UAAAAUAGGUCAGAUGACUUCCCGAUUAAUCGCUGACUCGGUUACUGAUGACUCGGUUGUUGCUGCCGCCUCUGCUCUCUCUCUCCAGGCCUCAGGUGCCAUCAGCAUCUCUAUUCAAAAGCCUAUUAAGAGGCCAUGGAUGCUCCAGUCAAGUAAAAGAGAUACUUUGGGAUCGUGUGGGAGUGUCAUCAAAUAGGAACUCUUUUUAUGGAUUUAGAACUUCUUGUACUGGUGGAGAUUUGGCUGCUAAGAAGUGUGUACCAUGCAACGCAAAGGAUAUGCGGCCUAUGAAAGAAGAAAGUGCAACUGAAAUGAUGGCAAAGGUUGCUGGGUGGAAUUUGGUGAAUGAAGAUGGUACACUGAAGCUGAAUCGAUCAUGGAAAGUGAAGAGUUUCACCAAAGGGUUGGAGUUAUUCCAGAUAAUAGGGAAUGUUGCUGAAGCAGAAGGUCAUCAUCCAGAUCUUCAUCUUGUUGGUUGGAACAAUGUAAAAAUUGAGAUAUGGACUCAUGCAGUUGUUUGCUGCAUAGUCAGAAUUCUCAGCUUCCUCUCUGGAUGUACAGGUGGACUAACAGAAAAUGACUUCAUACUAGCUGCCAAAAUCAAUGGGCUCAACCUACACGACCUACUGAGAAAAAAGUCUACUACUUGAGAGAGAGGCUGAUAUGGAUUUUGCAAGAUAUUUUGAUGUUAAAAUUGCCUUUUGAUGUUAGGAUCUUUUGAUGGAUUUUGGUAGGAGCUCUUUACUCCCUAGUGGAUUGAUUCGAUUCAGUGUGAAAAUAGGAUAGUCUUAAUCUAGUGAGCUGAGCAAAACAAUUGCCUUCCGUCUGCCGAUUAAAGGAUUAUAUAAAACUUAUGUUAAUAGAUGUGCAUGAGUGCACUUUUUUUC